AUGGGCAAACGAAUUUCUCCCCUUCGACUACCACAGUUAGCCAUGGCUUAUUGUAACCUUAACAUAUCCCGCUUACACUACACUGGUUUCAAGCAAAUACCAGGAGAUAUCGCUCAGGGAUUUAAAUGUGAGUUCCUCAACACUGAGAAAGCCCCGCCAAGUCAACUGCGCCAUCAGCACCUGAGACUGAUAGAAAAACCAUAUUUUGAUGAUGUUAGUCCAAGAAGUGUUACCACCAUAGUCGAUGAUGCAGCCAUUUUAAAAUGUAAAGUUAAAAAUAAAGGAAAUCGGACGGUAUCUUGGAUGAGAAAACAUGAUCUGCAUAUAUUAACAACAAACAUUUAUACAUAUACUGGUGACCAAAGAUUUUCUGUAUUACAUAUACCAGAUAGUGAUGAUUGGGAUUUAAAAAUUGAAUAUGCCCAACAGCGUGAUAGCGGUAUAUAUGAAUGCCAAGUAAAUACAGAACCAAAAAUCAAUUUAGCUGUAUCACUUGAUGUUUCAGCUGCUCGAGCUAAAAUUCUUGGUACUACUGAAGUUUUCGUAAAACGAGAUAGUACGAUUUCCUUAGCAUGUGCUGUAAAUGUUCAUGCUUCAUCUAUAUUAUGGUAUCAUGGCAAUAAAAUAGUAAGUUUACAUUCGACUCGUGGUGGUAUUAAUUUAGAAACAGAAAAAACUGAAACUGGAACAACAAGUAGAUUAAUGUUAACACGUGCAACAUUUAAAGAUUCUGGAAAUUAUACAUGUGUACCAACUGCUGCUGUUCCAGCAUCUGUACAAGUACAUGUACUUAAUGCUGAACAUCCAGCUGCUAUGCAAACAAGUUGUGGUAUACCAUUAUCAUCUUUAUCCUCAUUAGCGUAUAUAAUAAUAAUUUUAUCAAUGUUAGCAUGUCAACAGCUGAUCAUAUCACAGACAGCGUCCGUUAUUAUGGAUUUCAUAUAUGAUAGAUACAAUAGAUGAUAAUGUCACAUAUAUGACAAAAUGAACAAAACAAACAAAACAAAACUGAUAUGAAAUAUAAAAAAAUGUAUAAAUAAAUUCAUAAGGAUAAUAAAUUAUAUCUGUAUGUUCUUGAUAUUAUUGUAUAAAUAUAUUAUAUAAAUUUAAAAUAUAUUAUUCAA